AUGGAAAUCUGUUCUAUUCGGAAUUUCAAUAGCACUUCUAUCGACGCUCUGGAAUUAAAGGAAAAAAGACAAUAUCUUACAUUAAAACCCCUCCUCUACCGUCCACGAGCUGAAUACGGCAGAGAUCGCCGAACCGAAGACUUGUCCCGUGGACUAUCUCUCUGCGAGCCAAACAUAAUGCCUUCCUAUCGAAUACCCUCCAAACUGCAGUGUAACGGCACCGAUAGCAAGACAGAUACUGGUGUGAGAGUGGACCCGAAGGGAGUAUAUUUACUUCUUUGGGAGCAGGGUAGUCCUGGUGCAUUCCACUGGGGGCUUUUUAUUGCUCGAAACGAAAAGACGGGUGUCUUAUACCACCAAGCCUUGAGGGGGGCACAUUGGCAGUUCGUCAUGGAGAAUCAAGACGUGUCGACCGACAACGCGGUGGUCGUCGUGUUGAAAAUUGGCAGCGUCGAGAGCGUGAAUGAUACGUGGAUGCAGUACUACAAGGACCGCAUCCGGGAAACAAAGGUGCGAAAGGAAUUUCGCUGCAAGAACUGGGUUAUGGCGGCCAUCCACGAACUGGCGGAUAGUGGGAUCAUCGGCCUGCAGCCCAAUGAGCAGGUAAUCGACAAAAUCGAAGCAGAAGCAAUCAAGUAUGCCAAAGAUAGCCUUGUGUUCAAGGCUACCAGUGUCUAUCCGAGCGAGUAUUGUGUGCCAUAA